AACAGUGAGUGUGGCUCUAGUUUUAUGUCUCAAUGUUGGCGUGGACCCUCCUGAUGUAGUCAAGACUUCACCCUGCGCCAGACUAGAGUGCUGGAUAGACCCUCUGUCCAUGAGUCCACAGAAAGCCCUGGAGACGAUAGGGGCCAAUCUACAGAAACAGUAUGAAAACUGGCAGCCUAGGCCAAUGGAGUCAUCGUCACUGGGGAAUUCAAUCAAUGAGCUGCAAACCACAUGCUCAUGUGAAUCGCCUGCCCGCUAUAAGCAGAGUUUGGAUCCUACAGUUGACGAGGUGAAGAAAUUGUGUACUUCACUGCGGAGAAAUGCCAAGGAGGAACGUGUUCUCUUUCAUUAUAAUGGCCAUGGAGUGCCUCGACCCACUGUCAAUGGAGAGAUCUGGGUCUUCAACAAGAACUACACACAGUACAUCCCACUCUCCAUCUAUGACCUACAGACGUGGAUGGGAAGUCCCUCCAUCUUCGUGUACGACUGCUCGAAUGCAGGGAUCAUUGUCAAGUCAUUCAAACAGUUUGCAUUGCAGAGGGAGCAGGAGCUGGAGGUGGCAGCAAUAAACCCUAACCACCCACUGGCUCAGAUGCCCCUGCCUCCCUCCAUGAAGAACUGCAUUCAGCUGGCCGCCUGUGAGGCCAAUGAACUCCUGCCCAUGAACCCUGACCUCCCUGCUGAUCUUUUCACCUCCUGUCUCACUACACCAAUCAAAAUUGCCCUACGCUGGUGAGAUAUACUAAUUACACAUGCAUUCAGCUGCAUUUACUCAUAUGAUGUACUUACAACCCAGAAUAAUAGUGAGCCACUCAAACCAGGUAUUUUGAUCAGAAUAGCCCUUAUUCUGGCUUGUUUUAUUUACGCAUAU